AUGAGUUCGUGGGGAGUGAUGGGAGGAGGAUGGGGAAUGGUAGAAGAAGGUUGGAGAAAAGGGCCAUGGACUGCCGAAGAAGACCGUCUUUUGAUCGAUUAUGUGCGGCUUCACGGUGAAGGCCGAUGGAAUUCUGUGGCGAGGCUUGCGGGGUUGAAGAGGAAUGGCAAAAGCUGUAGGUUAAGAUGGGUUAAUUACUUAAGACCAGACCUCAAGAGGGGACAAAUCACUCCUCAUGAAGAAACCAUUAUCCUUGAGUUACAUGCUAAGUGGGGCAACAGGUGGUCAACAAUUGCUCGUAGUUUACCGGGAAGAACAGACAACGAAAUCAAGAACUAUUGGAGAACCCAUUUCAAGAAGAAGACAAAAUCUCCAACUAACAAUGCGGAGAAGACGAAAAACAGAAUCUUGAAGAGGCAACAAUUUCAGCAGCAAAGACAGAUGGAGUCGCAGCAAGAACAACAGUUGCUUCAAUUCAACCAAAUCGACAUGAAAAAGAUCAUGUCUUUACUAGACGAUGACAAUAAUAACAACAACAAUGGUGAUAAUAACUUCACUAGCAGUAGUAGCGGCAGUAGUGGCGAAGCCGGUGCAUGCUAUGUUCCUAAUCAGAUUACACAUUCAACAAGAAGUUCUGGUUAUGACCCAAAUGAUAAUGGGUAUUACCCGGUGGUUCCGGUGCCAAUACCUGAGGCUAAUGUGAAUGAAGAUUACGCGAUUUGGGACGGUUUAUGGAAUCUGGAUUUGGAAGGACAAGGAAGCUUUGGUGGUAGUGCUUCCCCAAGAAAGCAUUGUUUACAGAACUUGGUUAUUCCCUUCUGUUAG